AUGGUGAAGAAGAGCAAAUUCAUUGCGACUGCCUGGCCAGUUGACAGUUCCCAAGAGGCCCUUGCACUUGUCAAGCAGCAUGGUGAUCCAUCUGCCAGCCACAAUUGCUUUGCCUACAAGAUUGGCAACGAGUUUCGAUCAUCUGAUGAUGGGGAGCCGGGUGGUACUGCGGGGCGACCAAUGCUGGCUGCAGUGGAAGCCGAGGGUCUGUGCCACCUUUGUGUUAUGGUCACAAGAUACUUUGGCGGCAUCAAGCUUGGAGCGGGUGGACUGGCGAGAGCAUAUGGUGGAGCAGCAAGGAUGUGCCUCAAGGCUGCUCAGCGUCAAUUCGUCAAUCCUAAGGCGGAGAUUGAACUGAAGGUGGGAUACGGUGCUCUCGGGGCCGUCUACACUGCCUUGCAGAAGUGUGACGCACAGCGGCUAGACGAGAUGUUCGGCGCCGGCGGUGUGGUGACCCUCAGGAUUUCUGUGGCAGCAUCACAAGCGGAGGAACUGAGCAGCAAGAUCAGCAAUGCCACACGUGGCCAUGCCGUUCUGCGAAGGACCAAGUAG